AUGGAUGAUGAUAUUUAUAUGGACAGUUUUGAGGAAAAAUUUCUUGACACAGCAGAAGAUUUUUAUUGUCGAAAAAAACUUCCUAUUAUCGAAUCAAACGAUGAACUGUUGGAAUAUUUAAAAACAACAGUACAAAAUAUUGAUUUUGAAAUCAAUCAAGCGAGAGCGUAUCUACCUGAAGAAAAACCAACAUUGAGAAUAUUUACAGACUUAUUAAAAAAGAAACCUUUUUCAAAUAAUAUUCUCAAUGUUAUUGUGGGAAAACUUCAAUUACUCGUAUCAGAUGAGAAUAAUUAUCAAGAACUAACUGCGUUAUUUGAACCUAUUCGUGAAUUAAUAAAGUUAAAAAAUGAAUUGCUAAAGUUAAUUGAAACUCAUAUUUAUGAAAAAGCAAUGAAUACAAUUGAGUCUAUCAGUGACGAUUUAAUUAAUCGUCAUGAUGUCAUAACCGUUGACGCUAACACUGAUAUAACAAAAGGCUUAAAUUCUGAUAUUCAUAUACGAGCUUCAAUGUUAAUUUUACGAAUGUCCAGACAAGAAAAAUCUGAUAUUAGAGAGUAUGCUAAACUUUUAUAUCCGAAUCAAUGUGAUAUUAAAAGAUAUAUCCUUUAUAAUACGAAUCAAUCUUCAUCGUCAAUGAACUUUCUCGUCUUAGCUGAUAGCCAUGGAAAAAAUCUCGGCCCAAGAAAUACAGCAGCGUAUAAUAUGGUCGUGCAUACUGUUUUAGGUUUUAGUUGGUUCAACAAUUAUGAAAGAAGACUUUGUGGUUCUACAUUACUAGCAUCAAUGCCAUUUCGACCUUCUUUAUUUCAGGCUAGUACAAUAUUAUAUUGA